AUGUGCUAUCGUAUCGUCCACUUUCGAGAUAACUCCACCCCCACUUACGGUCCAUCACAGGAUGUCGUUAGCCUCUUGUUCAAAAACUUCUUGGAACCCAACAUACAAUUCCCUAUCACUAUGUCAUCCUCGGACGCCGAAAGUAUCACCGCCGUUCUCCACGCCUACGGUGCGGCUCUCAAGAGUCGUAAAGUGGAAGAUGCGGUGGCCCUCUACACAUCUGAUGGUGUUAUAAUGCCGCCUCACUUCACAGCCGCCCAAGGCACCAGUGCUCUCUAUGAAUCGUACACGCGUAUCUUCUCAACGAUCCAGCUAGUCAUCAAGUUUGACAUCGAGGAGGUGGUUGUCAUGUCCUCUGAGUGGGCGUUCGCACGAACAACGGCGGAGGGCACUAAGACGAUGUUGGCGACGCAAGAGUCGGAGCCGCACGCGAAUCAGGAGCUAUUUAUCAUGAAGAAGGAAAGUGGAAGCUGGAAGAUUGCAAGAUACGCCUUUUCAACUAUGAAACCACUCGUACAGAAUGGUAUCCGAAGAAGCUAA